AUGUCUAACAAUACCAAUUCCUCCUCUAAAACACAACCCCCUUAUGCUUCUAACCCAAACCACCAAAAUUUGUUGCUAAACAAUGGUGUGGGCAUGCCACCCCAGCCCCAGUUAAGUUCUGGCAACCACCCAGGCCAAAACAUGAUGCCCCCUUUUAUGCAGCCACUGCCCAUGAAUGCAGCACCUUUCAUGAAUGCUGCAAAUCACAAUCAUUUUCCCUUGCAAAACAAUCACAUGCAUCUGCCUCACAUGGGUUUGCCUGGCCAUCAGCAGGGUCAACCCCUUGUGGGGGGUUUAGGUCCCCAAAAUAGUGUUGGCAAUCCCAAUUACACCAAUCCAAUGUAUCCUGUUCAGGGACAAGUCAUGCAGAAUGCGGCAGCUCCACUCAAUUUGUCUCAAUUCCAGGGACAAAUGUUGGCACAUAGUAUUUUGAACAUGCUUCAGCAGCCUAAUAUGAAUAUGAGUAUGCCAAAUAGCCAAUUUUGUGUCCCUUAUCCUAUGCAGAAUGUGAAUCAACAGUUUCCUAUCCAAAUGCCAAACCCUUCUCAAGGGGUUCCUUAUGGUAUGCAUCCUGGUCUCCACCCCAUGUUUGGGUUUCCAAAUCAAGUGCCUCAGAAUUCAUUAUUUUCUGCAAAUCCCCAGUUAGGUUUUGUGCCUGGAAAUCAGGUCCAGCCGCAGAUUGACCCGAAUGAGAAAAACCUUCCUCCACCAAACUUUAAUGCAAAUGCUUUUGUAUCAUCGUCGCCUUUUUCAUCUCAUCAGUUACAAGGGAACACUUCUCAGCAGUUACAAGGGAACACUUCUGGGCCACUUAAUCCUAAUUUGGCUCAUGCAAAUAACUAUCAACCUCCUGCAUAUAUGAAGUCACACUCGCAGGAGAAUUCUAAUGGCAAUGUUAAAACUAAUGUUCCAAAUGCUAAUUGGAAUGGAUCACCAAGCAAAAACUUCAAAAAUAGACCAAAUCGAGGGGGGUUUCACGGAGGAUUUCAGAAGUCUAAAUUUCAUGAUGUCAACAAUGGAAAGAGAAAAAGUGGGUUUCCUAAAGAACGUAAUGGCAGAGGCCCUUACAGUGGGAGGGCAGGACAGGAUGGUUUAAUAUCAAAGGAACUUAAGCAGCAACCAGAAAGGUAG